AGGAUAACACAGAGGAUAAAUGGUCUAUUUCAGCCCGCGAAAUACUUCUACAUACGGUGUCUGCUGUACUUUGGAUUGGAAUUACAUUUGUUAUCGGUUUGGUUAUAUUUUGCAGCUGUGAAAACACUUGCGAUUGCUGUGUUGGGUUACCAUUAGGUAUCGUCUUUGGAAUUCUGUUUUUCACACACCUAGUUCUUUGGUUUAUAUUACUACGUGUCCUAUACAAUAGGAAGGGGAAAGGGGAUACCGAAGGUGAUACACAUUUUAAGACAAAACUCGAGAAGGUUCGAUUUAUAUUUUCCACCAUUCCUUUCGUUGGACUUUUCCCAGUUUGUGGUUGGUUGAUACGUAUCUACCACUGUGGAAACUGUACCAUACACGUAGAGCAGUUGACUACCGAGAAAAAGAAACAUCAGUUGCUUUCAGUAAGCAAACCAAAACUAACAAAUACCAAAACAGAGGAAACUGGAAAACAAAAUUCAAAGAGAGAUAAAAAAGAACGUAAAAAAGAAUGGGACAAGAUCCAUCAGUUCGUUAGUCAGGCAAUCGGUUCGAGUGAAAAAGACAAUCAGGUAUCGGCAUCUGAUGUCAAACCAAUAGAAACAGAUACAGAAGAACAUUCUAGAUCUUUGACGUCAGGUGAAAAUUCUACUAAACGCAAGGCAUUUAUGAAAGGAAAUAGUGAAGUCAAGAUAAAUAAACAAAAGAGCCAGAAGGAGAACAGUGAAUUCACGAAUUCGAGAACUAAGCAGCUAUCACAAAAUAACGAAAAUAUAAUAAACAGUUCACAAGAACUUAAUAUUGAGCGUAAACAGAACGUGUCGGAUAGUCAAAAUCAUAUAUCGUAUUUUGAGGAAACGCCACAAGGGAUGAUGGAUGUAACGGAAACGACGACUGAGUCUGAGAACAAGCCAGGCAGCAAAGAUGAUGUCAAAUUUGAGAAAAAGAAAUCAAGAAAUUCAGAAGAUGAAAGCAAGAAUCCCGAAAACACCAAUAUGGUCAGCGCAGAAGCACACACUGGGAAGAUGGCUGUAACGGAAACGAAAAUUGCGUCUGAAAACAAGCCAGGCAGAAAAGAUAAUGUCAAACGUGGGAAAAAGAAAUCAAGAAAAUCAGAAGAUGAAAAUAAGAAUUCAGAAAACACCAAUAUGGUCAGCGAAGAAGCACACACUGGGGACAUAGAUGUUACGACAACUGGGUCUGAAGACAAAAUAGGCAGCAGUGAUAAUGACAAUCCUUCUAAUUCCUCGAUGUCAGGUAACGCUUUACCUAGAAGAAUGAAUUCAGGAAAAGAAAACACUCAAAACAAGAAUGGAUCAGAGACAAUGAAAAGAGCUUUGUCAGCAAUUUUUCAUGACGAACAAGACAACACUACAACCAUCAAUUGAUUCUACUACAAAAAUGUAAAAAAGGAAUAACACUUCAUAACUUAUCGUCAGAGUUUGAAAUGCAAACGUGCAAGGAAAGAUAAAAUACAAACAGAAGAAUUUAGAAAUGAACAAAUUGUUUAUUCAUUUCAUCUCAUUUUGUGCUAUCAUGACUUUAACACGAAAACACUCAUUCCAUUCUAUUCCGAUCUUUAUGGCAUGCUCCCCAUAUCUUACAUGUUAGUUAAUAUAGCAUGCGACUAUCUUUUGUUUUCUGUGCACGAAACAAAGAAUGCACACAAACGAGGUAAAUUUAAUUUAGAUAAGUUAUAUCUUUUAACUAUGUUUUUAAACCUUAUUAAGCACGUAUAUUUUCUAUGUAACUAGCUUUAACAUUCCACUCUAUGGUUAUGUUCGAGUGAUAAGCUUUACUUUUGGUAGCUACAUAAGCUCCAAAUGAUAUUUAUUCUUGCUUCUUCAAAAUUUGUAUUACUAUACAUCGGACAUUUACAUUUGAUAGCAAAGAUUUUAUGUUUUGUACUUUGUUAUUUAUUUAUAUUUUCACACUAGACUGUUUAGUUUCAUUAUUUUAGUCUUUAUUUCUUUGUUAUUGUAAAAUUUGUCAGUAUGGCUUGGUGAAGUAGAGAAAAUGAAAUAUGAUGCAAUCCAAGCCAGGGAGUUUUAUGAAUC